AUGGGGAUAUUAGAUCUCUUUCUCCAGUCCUCCAGCUCUAUCUCCCUGUUGGGGACUCUGCUGGUCCUGCUGCUCGUCUACCUUGUCUCCUCCUCCAGCUUCAGCUCCCAGAAGGAGGGAAAGGAACCUCCAGGACCAAGACCGCUUCCAGUACUCGGGAACCUGCUGCAGCUUGACCUCAAGAGACCCUACCUCACAUUACUGAAGCUUUCCAAAAAAUAUGGAUCAGUGUUCACCGUUUAUUUAGGACCAAAGAAAGUGGUGGUCCUGGCUGGGUACAAGACGGUGAAGGAGGCACUUGUCAAUCAUGCUGAAGAGUUUGGAGAAAGAGAUCCAAUGCAAAUUAUGCAUGAAUAUAAUAAAGGACAUGGCAUUGUAUGGUCCAAUGGUGAUUCGUGGAAAGAGAUGAGGCGCUUUGCUCUGACUAACCUGAGAGACUUUGGGAUGGGCAAGAAGGCGAGUGAGGACAAAAUCAUUGAGGAAUGUGAAUACCUCAUUGAAGUGUUCAAGAAAUUCAAAGGAGAAGCUUUUGAUACAACCCUACCAAUACAAUAUGCUGUCUGUAAUAUUAUCUGCUCCAUUGUUUAUGGCAGCAGAUUUGAAUAUGAUGAUCCAGAGUUUACAUCGCUCGUAGAUUGCAUGAGCGCACGUGUAUAUCUUUUGGGUUCCCCUUCAAUACAGGUGUACAACAUGUUCCCACGGUUCUGCAAAUGGACUGCUAACCGGAGGUCCUUCCUCCGAUUGGGUGCUGACAGUAUAAGACAGAACUUACAGCUGUUAAAACGUUUGAAAGAGACCCUCAAUCCACAGAUGUGCAGAGGCUUUGUGGAUGCCUUUCUGGUCCAAAAGCAAAAGUUGGAGAUAUCUGGGAUUACCAACAGUCAUUUCCACGAUGAAAACCUUAUGAUAACAGUUCAGAAUCUGUUUUCUGCUGGCACUGACACAUCUGCAACCACACUGAGAUGGGGACUUCUGUUCAUGGCCAAGUAUCCAAAAAUACAGGACCAGGUCCAGGAAGAGGUGAGCAGGGAGAUAGGAAGUCGUCAAGUGCAUGUCGAGGACAGGAAGAACCUGCACUUCACCAACGCUGUCAUCCAUGAGACACAGAGACUGGCCAACAUUGUCCCAAUGUCACUUCCUCACAAAACUACCCAAGAUGUCACCUUUCAGGGUUACGUCAUUAAGAAGGGGACCGCAGUAACUCCUCUUCUGACAUCUGUCCUGUAUGAUGAGAGUGAGUGGGAGAGGCCACACAGCUUUUAUCCUGCUCACUUCCUGGACAAAGACGGGAAGUUUGUCAAGCGAGAAGCCUUCAUGCCUUUUUCUGCAGGUCAUAGAGCUUGUCCUGGAGAGAGUCUGGCCAGGAUGGAGCUCUUCAUCUUCUUCACCACACUCCUUCAGCACUUUCACUUCACUCCUCCUCCUGGAGUUUCAGAGGAUGAACUGGAUCUGACUCCACAUGUGGGCUUCACCCUCGACCCCUUACCUCACAAAUUGUGUGCUGCCCCUGUACAUGAGGAAGAGGAGGGCUUGAUCAUUUAA